AUGACCAAGGACGACCAUCCUCAACGGAGCAUCGAGCUCACACCCCAACAGGGGAUUGAAGCGGUGCCUCUUGAACAGGGAAUCGAAGUUGCAUCCAGCCAGGAAAGGGGUUUCAAAGAUGUUGACAUGGGAGAAUACAAGAACAAACAGGACAUAUCGCAUGUUGAGAAGGUUCUCUCGGGCCCCGAUGACCUUGCGAAAGACAAUAUGGACAUAACACGCGUUGACAAGGAGAUUCAAGCCUACGCUGCGCACGGCCAGGUCGAAAUUGACGAGGAAACAAACCGUCGGUUAAAAAAACUUAUCGAUCGUCGUGUCCUUGUUAUCAUGAUCUGCACAUACUUUCUGCAAGCCCUUGACAAAGGCACAAUGUCGUUUUCUGCCAUCAUGGGUAUCAAGAAGGAUGCCAACUUGGAGGAUGGUCAAAAGUACUCCUGGCUGACCACUUGUAUCUACAUCGCUGUCCUGACCGUUGAAUACCCUACCAACUGGAUCAUCCAGAGGGUCCCGAUCGGUAAAUACCUGGGUAUCAACAUCUGUCUUUGGGGCGCUAUUUUGGCUCUUCAUGCAGCCUGUCACAACUUCGCUGGCCUUGUUACCGUCCGAACACUGCUAGGUAUCUUCGAGGCAUGCUGCCAACCCAUUUUUGUGACUUUGUCAUCAAUGUGGUAUAAGAGAGAGGAACAGGCAGCCACUGUCACCUACUGGUAUAUGAUGAACGGUGCACAGCAGAUCGUUGGUGGCUUGCUGGCCUACUGCUUUACCCUUAUCGGAGGCGACAAGGCACUCAAAUCUUGGCAAGCUCUGUUCAUGACAUACGGAGUAAUUUCUGUUAUCUGGGGCUUGUUCGUUAUUUGGUGGAUGCCAGAUUCCCCUAUGCGUGCCAAGUGCUUCAGCGAGGAAGAUAAGCGGCUGAUGGUGGAACGCCUCCGCUCCAACCAGACCGGUAUUCAAAACAGAAAGUUCCGCUCAUACCAGAUGUGGGAAGCAUUGCGCGACCCUCAAAUGUGGUGUUACUGUGCUGUGCAGAUGUUCACCACUCUUCCCACUAGUGGCUUGGGUGCAUUCUUUGGCAUCAUUGUCUCCAGCUUCAACUUUACCACUCUGCAGACCCAACUGCUUGCAAUGGUUCUGGGUGCGUACAUCAUCGCGAUUUUGCUUGGUUCUGCAUGGCUCGUCAAGAAAACAGGCCAGAACACACUUAUCAUGUUGUGCUUUAUCAUCCCGUCUUUCAUUGGAACCAUCGUGUUGAUCACAGUCGAAAACACUACGUUGUCAACCAAAGUUGGACUUCUUAUCAGUUACUAUAUCACGAUGUCCUUCUGGUCGGCUCAGACUCUCACAUUGUCCAUGGUAUCUCGUAAUAUUGCUGGCGCAACCAAGAAGUCUACGGUGGUUGCUGCAACUUUCAUCUCAUGGGCUACUGGAAAUGCUAUUGGUCCUCAGGUUUUCCUUGACUGGGAUGCUCCACGAUACCAUAUUGCAUGGAGUGUUCACCUGGCAUGCUACGCUUGUAUGGUUGCCGCGGUUGUAUACCUUCGCUUCCAUUUGAAACGCGAGAAUGCUAAAAAGGACAAGAUUCUGGCCGAGGCCGGGCUCACCGCGGCUGAUCCAAACUUGGUUCAUGCCUUUGAAGACAAGACAGACAGGGAAAAUCUGAACUUCCGCUACGUUUAUUGA